GGUAGAACUUCUGCAUGAUCGUGAUAUUUUGAAAUUCCAGUAAGAGCAUCAGUAAAAAAGAGCCGAUCGAGAUGGAUGACGCCGAGUUGGCAGCGCUUCGGCAACAGCGUUUACAGCAAAUGCAGUCUUCGAACCCGGAACAACAGCAAGCACAGAUGGAGAAGAUGCAAGCACAGGCAGACAUGAAAAAUUCCAUGCUGGCGCAGCUCCUGGAUCAAAAUGCACGUGCUCGGUUGAACACGCUUAAGUUGAGUAAACCUGAAAAGGCUCAAAUGGUAGAAAGUAUGAUCAUACGAAUGGCACAGACGGGCCAAAUCGGUGGCAAGCUGGAUGAUGCCAGUUUGGUGCAACUGCUCGAAACCGUCAACCAGCAGAUGCCUAGAAGUAACUCCACGGUGAAGUUCGAUCGAAGACGAGCCGCGAUAGACUCGGACGAUGAGGAUGACGAUUAUGGUAUUUGAGCGAGAAUGAUCUUUUGGCAAAACUUCUUCUAAAUUACACUGCUUUAUCUACGAAACCUAUAUGCCUACCGAAUGUCAUCACGCGCUGCAAUAAACAGAACAAUGA